GCGGCUGGGCUUAGUCGGGGCGGCUGGUCCGAGGCGGCGGCGGCGGCGGGACAAAGACGCAGCUACAAAAGCCGGAGCAGCAGCUGCCGCCGGCGCGGGGGUGGGAAGACCCAGGUGCAGCCCCCCCACCCCUCCCCCCAUUCUCCGGCCGGUGCAAAGGGCUCCGGCCACGUGCAAACAGCCCGGUGCGUGCACGAGCGAGCCGGGCAGCCGCCCCCGCCGGGAUGGAGGUGCAGAAGGAAGCCCAGCGCAUCAUGACCCUGUCGGUGUGGAAGAUGUACAACUCCCGCCUGCAGCGCGGCGGCCUGCGGCUACACCGGAGCCUGCAGCUCUCGCUGGUCAUGCGGAGCGCCCGGGAGGUCUAUCUCUCGGCCAAGCUGGAGGAGGACGAGGAGGGACGGCUCGGGCCGCAGCCCUGCCUGGGGGAGGAAGGGGCCGGCCAGCCCCCACUGCAGCCCGCCGCUGCUGCCUCCCCAGGCCCGCCGGCGCCGGAGGAGCGGGCAGCCCCCGCGGACCGUGGAAACGCCCCGGGCGCAGUCGAUCCGGAGCCCAUGGAGACGCAGGACAGUAGUGGGGACGCGGCUCCAGCGCCCGGGGGCGGUAGGCGGCCGGCGCGGGGGGGUUCGUUGCCACCCCCGGCCAAAGCCAGCAGGAAACGGCGGAGCAGCAGCUUGGACAAGCCGGGGGCCGCCGAGGCCGGGCUGGUGCCCACCAAGAAAGCCCGGUUGGAGGCGGAGGAGGAGGAGGGCGAGCGGCAGCCCCAGGGACAGGACGGCCCCUUCCCCAGCCUGGCCAAAGUCCUGCAGACCCGCUUCUCCGGGAUGCUGCGGGGCGGCCCGCCCAAGGGCCCCGAGCCCACGCCGGGCUGCCGGCCCGGGGACGGGGUACUCAGCAUACUGGUCCGAGCCGUGGUGGCCUUUUAAAUCCCCUUCCCCGCCGCUCGGGGGGACUCGUGGCUGGGGGACCGGCCCCGCGGCGCGCAGCGGCUCGCUCGGCUCCUGGCGGGAGCCAUGGGGCAGGAGGGGGGGUCGCUUUGGGGGGCGCAGCCCCCUCUCCCUGGCGGAGGGGGGGCGGGAUCCGGCCGUGCCUCCCGGGGCGGGAGAGAGACACACGGAGGCCGGGCAUGGAGCGAGAGGGCAGCGGAAGGAAGAUCGGACUUUCCCCUCCCCACCCUGCUGGGUCCAGGGGGGAGGCGAGACAAAAGGAUCUGCCGGAGCGGGGACCGAGAGACGCCGCCGCUUUGUGUGGGGGGGGGGAGCGGGGGGGGGCACUUUGGCACAACUUCAGGAUGGGGAAGAGAGACUCGCAAAGCGGCCCGAGGUUUCCUGCCUGCUCCUCACCGAGAGAUGGUUUAUUUUUGUGUAGAGAAAUGUUAUAUCCUGACCUGGGAUCCACUGGUGCUAUUCCGUAACCCCAGCCCUGGGGGGGAGGGAGGGGUUGGGUGUGGGUUUUUUUUUUGUAACUUGAAACUUUGGCCUCCUCCUCCUUGUUGUUCUGUGUCCUUGUGAUGGCAACAUGUUUGCUGGGGGGGCGGCAGACCUGGCGAGCUAAAGGGGUUUCAAGAGAGCCCCAGGGCUGAGAAAGGGAUCUUUUGUGUUGGGAGGGAGGGCUGGGUUUCUCUAGCCCUCCUCCUAGGCUUGGUUGUCCAGCACCCGCAGAAAGUGGGGUGAUGGUGGAAGAGGGGUGUCCUGCUUACUCGAUUUCUUUCCUCAGGGGUACUUUUAAAAAGUUUUGUUUGGUUUGUUUUCAAGAGGCCUUUUUUCUUUAACCAAGGAUAAGCUCUCAAACCAGGAUUCAUUAAGGAAACUUCCCCCCCUUCCAGCCAGGCCUACCAGCUAUGACACACCACUCAUAUGACCAGUCAUUGCAUCACACUGGGUCUAGAAGGGCCGCAGGGAAUUUCCUGCUCCGACCGCCUGUCGAUUUGUGUGUGUGUGUGUGUGGAGCUGGUUUUUCAAGGUGUGGGUGGGGUGUGUGUCAGCCUGACUCAUUUAACCCUCUAAAGGAGAACUGAGACGAGGCUGCCUUGUGCUGCUGGCUCUUAAAAGAAAAAAAAAAUUAAAUAAAGGUUUAAAAAAAAAAAAACCCUACGAAAGUCAGACUCUGGAGGGUUUUUAUUUCCUCUUCAGUCUGGGGGUGGUGGAGGGAAGUUUCUUUUACUCCGAGGUUUGAGUUCUUUGAACUAAUCAGUGUAAGAUUAUUAAACUUCUUGGUCUGAAUUGCUGAAGAUCAAAAGAGAAGAGUGUUUGAGAAGGGGAGAAUUCCUGGUCACCCACCGUCACCCUGGAAUAGGAAAAUUAUGACAUGUUCAAAUCCCCUUGUAAAACACUGAGAAUUAGCCAUCUCUUCCUGUUGUCAUGGCGAGUGGGUCUAAGAUCUGCCCCCCUCACACAUCCCACUGUCUUGUUUCAAAUCAGAUGCCCCUCAAGUUCUCUUCGAAUCUAAGGAGAGGAGGGACGUAUCAGUCUGUGUUUGUGAAUGUCAUGAUGGCUUCACGGCCUACCUAGGAACAAAAAUCAUUCUUUGCUUCCUGAAUUUGCUAGUUGCCCGCAGAGGAAACUAGUGAAUGGAUUAAAACAACCAGGAAAAAACCCUACACAGUUGAGAUUUCUUUUUCAGUGUUACCCAUGUGUCUUGAAUGCUUGUAAUUUAUAUCUGUAGUUCCAUUUUUUUAUUGUCUUGGGGGGGGAAACGCCAUGGACUGGGCUUUCCUCCUCUCUGGUGUCGUUAAUUCUUUUUUUUUUUUUUUGUUAAAUAAAAACCGUUUGUGAAACUGG